AUGACGUCGGCUCGGCUGGCUGCUGCGCUGCUCGCUGCUCUCGCGUGGGCCCUCUGCGGCCCCAGGGUGUGGGCCCUCGAGCCCCUGCUCUCGUUCGACGACGCCGCCGACCAAAAGUGCCGCCUCGACGCCGCCCUCUACCGCAGCCAACUGCAAAACUUCACCCUCUGGGCCGUCAAAAUGUACGAUGCGAGUGCGAAGGCGCCCGUGGGAAUUUUGGCUGGCGCCACCUUCCAGCUGGGCCACUUCGACGAGUGCCUGCAGGUGGGCUCGGAAGAGGCCCCGACGCCCGUGGUGGCGCUGCCGGCGCCGCUCAGGGCCCAGUACUGCGUGGCGCGCAUCCGGCUGGAACCUGAGCAGGCCACCUACCCUGGAUUCCACCGGCUCGACCGCCCGCACGCCUUCUCCCUGCAGUACGACCCCCGCGACUCCGCCUGGGAAAAACUCAUGGUGCCCUUGGACCCGUCGAAGAAGCCGCGCAACUCGUUCCACUGGGCCACCUGCAUUCCCGCCAGCUGCUCGCCGGCCGACCUGAAGGUGGCUUUGGACGCCGCCCUGCAGCCCCUGCGCCAGCGCCACGAAGUCCAGCUCAGCGUGGACGUCGAUGAAAAACUCUGCACCGUCGCCCAACGAAUGCCGCUCUCCACUGCGGACAUCGCAGUCUUAACUGUCAUCCUGCUGGUUUUCGGCAUUGUGGUUGCUGCCUCUUUCUUCGACAUGGCCAUCUACAGGCAAAGACCCGCCGGCGACGAGAGACCACUCACGAGAGGCCAGGAAAUUCUGAUGGCGUUUUCUGCCUGCACAAAUCUGGAGAAGCUGAACAAGCCUGACCCGACAGACGACCUGGGCAUCCUGCACGGCCUGCGCCUCUUCUCCAUGGUGUUCAUCAUCCUGGGUCACCGCUGCCUCUUCUCCUACGGUGGGCCCUUCUUCAACCCUGAAUUCCUCGAGGAGAGGUACCGCAAGAUCGAGGACAUGUUUCUGCUGAACGGAACGCUGCUGGUGGACACGUUCUUCGUGCUGUCCGGCUUCCUCACCUGCUUCGGCAUCCUGCUCGAGAUCCACAAGCGCAAGACGCUCAACGUGCCCAUGCUCUACCUCUACCGCUGGAUGAGGUUGACUCCGGUCUACAUGAUGGUGGUGGCGUUCUACGCGACCCUCUUCUCCAAGGUGGACUCUGGCCCUCUGUGGAAGGCCAGGGUUGGCCUCGAGCAGGAGCGCUGCGUGCAGAACUGGUGGACAAACCUUCUCUACGUCAACAACUACGUCAACGCUGACCAGCUGUGCAUGUUCCAGUCUUGGUACAUCGCGUGCGACAUGCACUACUUCCUGCUGGCCCCGCUGAUCGUGAUUCCGCUCUACAAGAACCCCAAGUUAGGACUGGCGCUGCUGGCCGCCGUCACUUCCCUUUCCAUUGUCAUUCCCUUCGCCGUCACCUACGUCGGCGAGUACAGCGGCGUGCUCAGGGUCUACAUGAGCCUGCUGGAGGACCCACCUUCGAACGAGGACUACUACGCGGUGUACAUCAAGAGCCACAACCGGGCGGCGCCCUACUUCAUCGGCAUGGCGGCCGCCUACCUGUACGGCAUCCUCAAACUCUCCGACAUCAAAAUCCCCAAGGGGGUGAUGUGGGGCUGCUCUCUGGCGGCGACGGUGGUGGGGCUGACGUCCAUGUUCGGCGCCUGGGUGUUCUACAUCCCUGGCCGCGAGUACUUCGCCGGCGAGAACGCGGCGUACGCGUCGCUGCACCGCGUCGGCUGGGCGCUGACCGUGGCGUGGGUGGUGCUCGGCGGCUGCACCACCCGCUUCGGGGUGCUGCAACCCCUGCUGCAGCUCAACGCCUUCCUGCCCCUCAGCAGACUCACCUACUGCGCCUUCCUCACGCACGGCGCCGUCCAGCUCUACACCCUCGCCACCCUCCGACAGCCCGAGUUCAUGAGUUUCCCCAAACUGUUCUGGAUGGCGUCGGGGGACAUCACGAUUUCGUUCAUCGUGGCGCUGUUCGUUCACCUGUUUUUCGAGGCGCCCCUCGGGGCAAUCCAGAAAAUGCUGCUGCGCAAGAAGCCAGCUAACAGACCAAGGAACGAGAACGCACCGGCGGCGGUCCACAUGGCAGACGCUCCUCCGCCGCCCCCUGUGGCCUCAACCCCUCCGCCUCCGGAAACCUCAACGCCUCCAGCCCCGAGGGACGCUACUCCUGAAAUCCCGGACAACCCUGACGAACAGCAAAGCAGUGUCUGAAGUCUUAAUUUUAUGUCCUGAAUGAUAUGCUUAUUUAUUUGUUACCUCAACCUUGCGUUAUUUAAUUUAAGCUCUAAUUUUAACCAUGCAUGUUCA